AAUUCUGCCCGAAAACAACAACAACAACAACAAAUUGUGAUCCAGCACACAGACAAAUUGAUGAAACAACAACAACAAAAAAAAUCGAGCUUUAAAAUUAUCAUCAUCAUUGAGCCAUAAUAUAAUCAGGUUUUUGCAGCACAAAACGCGACAACAAAAAUAUCAAAUUUACUAAAAAAAAAAUCGAAAUUCUAGUCUUUCAAUAUUUUACUGAAGGAUAUCAUUUUAGAAAUAUUAUCAAAUAUCAAAAAUGAAUAAAGAAAUACAAUCAUCAUCGACAUCGACUGGUGUUAAACAUUUAUAUGGUCAUCAUCAUCAUCAUCAUCAACAACAUCAUCAUUAUCAUAAUAAGAUGCAUUAUUCGGGUGAAUCCGGUAAUGGUGGUGUGCCAUCAUCAUCAUCAUCAUCAUCGAUACAACAGCAACCAUCUAAUAUGAUGAUAACAACACAUUCACAUCAUCAUAGACCACGUUAUAUACAUGGUCAUCGUAGAGCUAAAAGUGCUGGUAAUGCACAAUCAGCAACACGUGAUUCAUAUUCAUAUUAUGCUGCAACUGGUCUUUAUGCACAUCAAUCAGGUGAAUCAUUAGUUGAUAAAUCUGGUCCAAUUAUUGCAUUAGCUGUGCCUAAUUUAAAGAAAACAUCAUCCGAAAAAACAAUACAUUAUGAUGCUGCAUAUCCACCAUAUUAUUUUCCAUUACAUCAUCAUACAUCAUCGAUUGAUCCAAAUAUAUCGAUUAAAUAUUCAUCAUUAAAAAUGCGUACUGGUGAUCAUAAUAAUGGUGAUGAUGAUGAUUUUGAUGUAGAAAAAAUUGAAUGUGGUUGUUUAGCAAUGAAAUUUGAUUCAUUAAGACGUUAUGCAACUAUACAAUUUUUUGUCUUUCUUUGUUGCCUGUUGGUAACAUUACAACAAGCACUUUCAUCCGGAUAUUUUAAUAGUGUUAUUACUACAAUGGAAAAACGUUUCGAUAUUUCAUCACAAAUGUCUGGUGCCAUUGUAUCAACAUUUGAAAUUGGAAAUCUUGCCACAAUAAUAUUUGUUAGUUAUUUUGGUACACAUCGUCAUAUUCCACGUUGGAUUGGAACCGGAAUAGUUGUCACUGCCAUUGGUUCAUUAAUAUUUUCAUUACCACAUUUUAUGUCACUUAGAUCACCAUUAGAUAGUAAUGGUAGAAAUCAAUCUGAUCAACAAUAUUUAGAUAAUACAUGUCGUAUUCCUAAACCAGCAUUAACAUCACCAUUUUUGGAAAAAGCAAGUCAAUUUAUUAAUCUUGGUCUAUUGGAUGAUGAUCCAAAUUGUCAACAAGAAUCAAAUUAUCAUGCACCACAAAUGUUAGUUUUUAUGUUGGCAAUGGUAUUGAUUGGUUGUGGUGGUACACCGAUUUUUACAUUAGGUACCACUUAUAUUGAUGAUCAUGUACCGAAAGAAAGUUCAUCAAUGUAUAUGGGAUGUAUGUACAGUAUGGUUGCAUUUGGUUUAGUAUGUGGAUUUCUUCUUGGUGGAUUUUUUAUCAAUGUUCAUGAAAAUGCAUUGGGUACUGGUAUUGUACCGCAAGAUAUUUUUCCUGGUCAUCCUAAAUGGAUUGGUGCUUGGUGGGCAGGUUUCAUAAUGCUUGGUGUACUUUUGCUAAUCAUAUCGAUACCAUUUUUUAUAUUUCCAAAAAGUUUAAAAACAAAAAAACCAAAAGAAUUAAUGGUUGCAUUACCAUCAAACGGUGGUCAUUCAUAUACGGGUAAUAAUAGUAAUUGUGCUGGUAAUAAAUCUACAAACAAUGAUGAUCCAAAUGGAACAAUAAAUUCAAAAAAUAUAAAAUAUGGUCGUAAAUUAGGUGAAAUACCUGCUUGUAUGUGGCGUUUAGCAACCAAUCCGGUUUAUAUGGUUACCUGUCUUGGUUCCUGUAUGGAAUUAGCUAUUGUAAGCGGAUUUUUAAUAUUUCUACCGAAAUAUUUGGAAACACAAUUUUCAUUGGGAAAAUCUCAGGCAAAUCUAUUUGCCGGUGGUAUUGCUAUUCCGGGUGCUUGUUUUGGAAUAUUUCUCGGUGGUUAUAUUCUUAAACGAUUUCAACUAACACCAAAAGGUGCCAUUCAAGUGGUAUUAUUUUUCAAUAUUAUCUGUAUGGGCUUGUAUACGGCAUUAUAUUUUCUUGGUUGUGAAAAUGUCAAAAUGGCUGGUACAACAUUACCAUACGCCAACACUACAAGAUUUCAGGAUUCAUUUUCAGUAAAUCUAACUGCCGAAUGUAAUCUUGGUUGUCGUUGUUCAUCAAAUGAUUUAGAACCGGUAUGUGAUGUUCGUAAUAAAAUCAGUUAUUAUUCACCAUGUUUUGCCGGAUGUACUUCGGUCGACAAUUCUCGUGAUAUUCGAAAUUAUAGUAACUGUGCUUGUCUUUUAUCGAACAAUAAUAAUAAUCGUGAAAUUACUAUGGUACCAAUUGUAACUCCUGGACCAUGUCAUCAAAUAUGUACAGCAAUGGUACCAUUUAUGGUUUUAUUAUUUGUUAUAACAUUGGUUGUUUCAAUUACACAAAUGCCUGUUGUUAUGAUUACAUUGAGAUCGGUUGAUGAAGAAGAACGUUCAUUAGCAUUAGGAAUGCAAUUUGUAUUGUUUCGUUUGUUUGGUUAUAUACCAUCGCCAAUUGUUUUUGGUAAUGUUAUUGAUUCAACAUGUUUAGUUUGGAAAAAUCAUUGUGGUGAACAAGGUGGUUUCUGUUUACUUUAUAAUAUUGAACAAUUUCGUUUAAGAUAUGUUGGCGUUUGCAGUGCAUUCAAAAUAACGGCAGCUAUUUUAUUUUUUUUCGAUUUAUUAUUAAUUUGUUAUCGUGAAAAAAAAGAAUUGAAAAAAUUACAAAUGAAAACCGGUGGAUUUACAACGGAUGAAGUAAUAUCAUCAAUAAUAUCAUUGGAUCGUUUAUCAGUAUUUGGUUGGGCUGUUGGUCCUGAAACAAUAGCUGAAGCUGAUGAAGAACAACAACCAUUAGGAGGAAUAAAUCAACAACACCAGCAACAAUUGAUGCAAGAUUCGGAUUAUAAUUCAGCUAUCGAUGAUGAUGAUGAUGUUGAACAUUCAUCAUCAAAUCUUUCUUCAAUUGGUGGUGGUGGUGGUGGUCGAAAUGAUAAUAAUAAAAAUGAUAAUGAUAAUCAACCAUCAUCAUCAACAAAUUGUAUACAGAUUGAAAUGUUACCAUCCACUUCACGAUAUCAACAUCAUCAUCGUUCGGAAAGUUUAGUUUAGUAUAAAUCAAUGGAUGGGGUUACCAUCAUUUAUUUAUGUUUAAAAAUCAUCGACAAUUGUGACUUGGUUAUCAUUUUUUCAUAAUCAAAAAAUUUUUUUUAUUUAUUUUUUCUUCUCUUCUUUUUUUUUGCCCAAAACUGUGAUACAUCGAACACCCCGACUAUUGAACAAAAUAAUACUGGAAAUUAGGCAAUCAAAACAAAAUUGAAAAGGAAAAUAACAUAUAUAAU